UCUAUAAUUAAUGACGCAGAUGCCAAGGAUGUCAUCUCUAUCGUUUUGAUUAACUAUUUUAUUUUUAAUUUCCCAUAAAAGUUUUUAUGAACCAUUUCACUUAUUCACGCUUGUGAUUUCGAUAUUCCUAGAGCUCCCUUAUUGUGAUUUCCUGUAUAAUAACCACUUGAAUAUAUUAGUCUAACUUAUUUAUAGUUGUGGUCUUGAUGUUCAUGAGAAUCUCCUAAUAAUGUAUUUUUAUUAUGUGACUACGCAGGAUGUGACAUUAGUAUAAGGGUACAAUGUGUUCAUUUAUGAUUUUAUACUUGGAUUCCAGAUCAUAUAUUUAACAAACACAAGAAUAAUUUUCCCGUCUGAAACUUAUUCCACUAAUGAAAAUAUAACUAUUGUUGGUAAAAAAGAGAAUGUUAAUAAAGCAUAAGCAAAAUUUGAAGUUAUGAUAACCGAUAUUGAUAAUGUCAUCGAAAAACAUGUAGAAAUCAAUGAAAAAUAUCAUGGCACUUUAAUGGUCAAUCAAAAAGAAUGUUUACACAAAUUGGAAAAAUAAUGUGGCAUUGUUAAAAUUGAAUUUCCCGAACUUGGUGCUCUUGAUAGAGUUGUGAUCAGAGAUAGCAAAGCAGAUGUUGCUAAACAAAGACUUUUAGACUAUGCUAAAGUUUUGGAAAAUACUAUUCGAGCUGUAGUGAAUAUUGAUCCAAAGUAUCAUAAUUACUUUGUUGCAAGACGUGGUAAAAUUAUCAAUCGAAUUAUUAAUGAUUGCAAUGGAGUGUCUAUAACAUUUCCGAAAAUAGCUUCUAGUAAUAGUGCUGUCAUCAUAAAAUGUGAUAAAAUAAAUGUUGGAGGCGAAAUAUAAGAUUGAAGAAAUUGUUAAGGACUUGAAAAACAUAAUUGAAGUCACUAUGAACGUUCCUCCAAAAUAUCAUCAUUAUUUUGUUAACCACGCUGAAGUAAUAAACCUGAUAAGUGGGAAACAUAAUGGAGUUACUGUUACAUUUCCACAAGUUAAUUCCAAUUCUAGUAAAGUUUUGAUUAAAGGCCACAAGGAUUAUGUUGAAAAAGUCAAAAAUGAAAUCGAUAAUAUUAUUAUUAACUUGCGGCGUAGUAGUGGUGUAGUAGGUGUGACGUACCGAGGCCUUCGUGAUUUGGAGCCCUCAAUUCAAAAAAAAACUGAUAUGAACAAAAAUAGAAGCUUGCGUUAAC